AUGCGUGCCACUUGGGACUUCGUUAUUAGAGCCUCUUGGGUUCUUAUGGUCGUCUUACCUGGUGUUUUAGCUCAAACGCCCUUUUCCAAUUUCACUAUCUAUCCAAAUACCGCCGCCGCAGCAGAUGCCCCAAAGUAUUACCCCCUAAGACCACCAGCUAUCCCCUUGGCUGUCAGGUCUCCUUACACUAGCGCUUGGUCAUCUACUGCCGGGCAAGGAGCGCUGAGUAAUCGAAACCCCAUAUUCUGGUUUGGCCAGGGUUUAGGAUGGGAAGGAAUUGUGGUAGUCGACGGCAACUCGUUCGAGUACAUGGGCACUUCUAUUAAUGAUUUUCCGGAGCUACCAUACUUCAAUACAACGAUACCUCUUGAAGUAAGGUUCGACUCUCAAUAUUCCAACUUUACUUUCUUAGCUGGUCCGGUAAUUAUUACCGCUAGCUUCUUCUCACCAGUUACGCCAAAGGAUAUCUGCCGAAGCUCUAUUCCCCUUAGUUAUCUAACGACCACGGUCCAGUCAAAUGACGGCCGUCCGCAUAAUGUGAAAUUCUACUCCGAUGUGAACGCCCAGUGGAUUGGAUUGGGGAACGAAUUCGAUAUUAUAAAAGAGUUCCACACCGGCCCUCUAAACGGGAAUGGAACAGGAAACUCGACUGAUGUCCCAACCAGCUGGAUCCUACGACCGAGGUCUCCCGCACUUUUCGCCGAGGCCUCACAGGUCCCGCGAUGGGGAAAUUUCUCUUUCACUACAAGCCCUGCUAGAGCUGCGAACUUUUCGUACCAAAGCGGGUCAGCUACGAGCGUCCGGUUUGGUUUCGUUAACAACCGCGCUCUCAACGACGAUGCUGGCUCGGCAGCUCGCGGCUUUGGGAACCAAGAGCCUGUCUAUGCUUUUGCUCACGACAUGGGCGAUGUGAUAGAGACUUCUGUUCGCUACACCAUCGGUUCAAUUCAGAACCCAAUCGUGAGAUAUCUUCACAAGGGUGGAUUGUCAAACUUAGCGCCGUGGUGGGAGAAAUGCUACGGAGAAAUGCACGAUAUGAUACGUUUCCAUUGGAAUGACUUCGAUACUGUCGCAGCAUUGGCCAACGAGUUUGAAACGCAGCUUCGAGCUGAUGUCGAUGCUUUCUACAAAGGGAGCGAGCCUCCGGUUUAUAGCAAUGGCACAGCUGUUGUUUUUACCAACGACUCGUCUUAUACGGCGCGAGAUGUUCUAAACGGAACUGAUCAGUAUGGACAGCAGUAUAAAUUUGAUCCUGGUUCGGCUUACGGAUUCCUCGAACCAACUAAUGCUACUGGUAUUGCGGUUCCUUUCGUCUCCGAGGCCGAGUCAUACUACGCGAUUGUAGCGUUGUCAGCCAGACAAGUUAUGGGAGCUUACGUUUUUGCUGUCCCUCCAUCAGUGCCCAACAGCUCGAGCGCAGAUGAUAACGUAGAGCCACUCAUGUUCCAAAAGGAAAUAUCCAGUAAUGGCAAUAUCAAUACUGUCGACGUUCUUUAUCCAGCGUCACCAUUCUUCCUUUACGCAAAUCCAAAUCUACUCAGAUACAUAUUCCAGCCUUUAUGCGAAUUGCAAGAAGGCGACUUCUAUCCCAAUACCUACUCGACACAUGAUAUCGGCGCUCAUUUCCCUUUAGCAACUGGUCAUGUCGAAGGCACUGACGAGUACAUGCCGGUGGAGAAUAGCGGAAAUUUCAUCCUAAUGGCCUACGCAUACUACAAAUUCACUGGCGAUUCGAACUGGUUAGUAACUCACUACGAGUUAUUGUCUCAGUUUGCCCAAUAUCUGAUUGACUUCUCGCUCGUCCCCGCGGCGCAACUCAGCACGGACGAUUUCGCCGGCGAACUCGCGAACCAAACAAACCUCGCCAUCAAAGGCAUCGUUGGCCUACAAGCCAUGUCUUCUAUUUCCAGAGUUGUCGGAAACCCAACCGAUGCCGCCAAGUUUUCCGACAAGGCGAUAUCGUACUACGACCAAUGGGAAGAUCUCGCGAUUGAUCCGUCUGGGAAGCACACGCUCCUAGCCUACCAGUGGAGGUCUAGUUGGGGUCUACUUUAUAACAUCUACUUCGACAAGCUCCUGAACAUGGGGCUUGUCAACCCAAAGGUGUACGAAAUGCAAUCUGCAUGGUACGCGAGUGUGUCGCAGACCUUCGGUGUACCCCUGGAUAACCGACACCACUAUACCAAAUCCGACUGGGAAAUUUGGACGGCGGCUACCUGUUCUCCCACCACGAGAAGACUUUUCGUCAAUGCCAUUGCCUACUGGCUAAACGAGACUACCACCAACCUUCCCUUUUCCGACUUAUACGAAGUAGUAGGGACGGGGGAAUACCCGUUGCAGAUAGACCAUUUCAGUGCCCGCCCUGUUGUCGGCGGUCACUUUGCCUUGCUGACUCUUGGGAAGACCGGACAGCUUGCUAAUGCUGCGGGCGGGGAUACGACAGGAAGCUUGUUUACGAAGAACGGCACCGAAGCAUUGCCUGCUCCUGAAGCACCAAAGACUCCUGCUUGGUAUGCAGGGAAACCGUAUAAACAACGGGCUGUCAGGAAGUCACCGCCUCGGCUAGACGAGUUGCGUUAA